UUAAGGUGUCGCAGAGCGCGCCUCCUCCCCUUCUUCCUCCUCCUUCCCCCUCCUCCCACGCAACCCUCGCCACGCCUCCACCACGCCUCACUUAAUGCCUCUGCUUACCUGCCUACCGCGCCUUCCUGCCUACCACCCACUCUGCUAACAAGAACCACUGAUCACUCACGAUCACAAAAAUUUGAAGCUCGAUAUUGUUUCCCGUGAUGCCGAGAGACAUCGUCCGUGUCAAAGUGUUUGUGAUUUAUGUAUGUGAUCCGCUACCUGAAGCAUCACUAUGAAGUGUAUGUUAACUCAUGUGACUCAAGUACAUAGUGCCAAGCGUUCCUGCCUCGAUUUUGAAGAGUACCGUUCCUUCGGACUCAAGUGUGCUCUGCCAUGAGUGUUUUUGUGUUAAUAAUUAAAUUAACAACUUCUGACGCAAAUGUAAAGUGCCAACUGCGUUCUGAAUUCGCUAUAAGGAAUUUAGUGUCCUCUAUCCGAAAUGUUAAGUGUCCAGUCCGCUUAUAACUGGACUGGAGCGACGUGCGUGUGUCUAGCUGGCGAAGGAUCCUUCUCUUCACACUCUUAGUGCUUUUAUCUCCUUUGGCAUGUAAGGAUUUUCACUUGAAAUUUUAAGGAGUUGAUUGCCGAGGCCUUCUGCAGGAGUUACCAGGGACGAGUGAGUCUGCCAUCAAUACCCUCAUACUUGGUCGACAUAAGACGGCAUAGGAUGGCUUAAUUAUAAGCCGUCUCAGAUGAAACAGAAACGUGUCCAAACUUAUGCACUGUAAAUGCAACUCACUAAUAUUUAAUAAUAAGUUAUUUGUGCUUUUUUAUACAAGUUUUUUGGGGGGUGUCAAGCGAGUUCGAAGCGUAUCUCAUCUUGUUGGUGUCUUGCGUGUUUGUUGUGCUGCUCUUAGUCAGAAAACUUGGCCCGUCUCUCACAACCGCCUCCGAGGCUGCCUCUAUUCACCUUCAUCGUCUUGGGAAACAUUUACGUUGUAAUAUCAAGUUGCUCUCCAAGCAUCCCGCUGCCCUUGAGACCCCGAACAGUGUUCCGGACAGCCUCGAGUCUUCUAGUCUGCGAGGGACGUCUUACAGCCUUCUGAGGCUCUUCUACCUCCAUACUUCUGUCUCAGAAUGCAGCUGAAGGACCUCUACAGUACAGCAGUUAUCCUGCAGAACCAAAACCUCAUCUUUUGUCCGCAAUAAUCUAGGUUACAGUUCCAUGUACGUGAUUAUUUAACGGAAAGCCUAAUCAAGAGACUGGAUGCCGACAUUGGGAACAGGGACGUAAAUUGCGAAAAGAAUAUAAAUAAUUAAAUUUAUUGAGGAUCUCAGGGUCGUUGGCGUCUUAGUAACGCUUCCUUACAAGAUGUGAAGGUAUUUUUCCACUCUUCCUUCAUCUUCAAAAGUUGUAUAUCAAGGUUUCCUUCAUCUAUCAAUAUCUCAAUUCAAGACUUUGUUCACGUCUAACCCCCAAGAUCACAGGUCAAGGUCUUGUUUAGUUACAAAGGUUAAAAUUGAAGACCAUGUUUAACUAAGUUUAUACUUGGAGACAUCGUUCAUUUUCUAAGAUUCCGGACCGCAAAAUAUAGCGCCAGGUCGGAUCAACAGACACAAGGAUACAACCGUACAAAUUGUCUCUAAGAGUGAGGCAGUGUCACCAGGCGGCAGGGAGUGCCAUCAGGCGGCAGGGAGUGCCAUCAGGUGGCAAGGAGUGCCAUCAGGCGGCAGGGAGUGCCAUCAGGCGGCAGGGCGUGCCAUCAGGAGGCAGGGAGUGCCAUCAGGCGGCAGGGAGUGCCACCAGGAGGCAGGGAGUGCCCACCAGGAGGCAGGGAGUGCCCACCAGGAGGCAGGGAGUGCCCACCGGGAGGCAGAGAGUGCCACCAGGAGGCAGGGAGUGCCACCAGGAGGCAGGAAGUGCCCACCGGGAGGCAGAGAGUGCCACCAGGAGGCAGGAAGUGCCCACCAGGAGGCAGGGAGUGCCCACCAGGAGAAAGAUGUUAUCCCUGCAGGAACUGCGGGAGUCACUGAGGCUGGCGGAGCACCUAGCUCACCUCUCCCUCACCUCAGGGCGCGACCGGCGGGAUACCUCACACUCCCAGUCGGGCGGGGGGAUGCCCAAGCCCUACGUCCCACCCAAGCAGCUGCUGCUCUACCUCGUCAGGAUGGGUAGCUUCACAUCCAAGCCUCAGAUGGAGAGCGAGGAGGGAGAGGAUGACCUGGUGAGUGUGCCAGAUGGGGUGCUGGAUCGGCAGGCAUUGCUUCGCUGGGUCCAGGCCCCCCUUGCCCACCUGCCCCCACUCCUGCCCCGCGUCUACCGUCCACGACCCUCCCACGUGUCUGCUGCCAAGUCGACAGCCUCAUCGCCAGCCACUACACCCACUAUGAAGUCACCAGUUACUACACCCACUGCAAAGUCAUCAGACACACAGGCCCAUAUACCAUUGCCAGGCUCAUUCCGGGUUAUGCAGUGGAAUAUCCUUGCACAAGCACUUGGAACGCAUGCAGACAACUUUGUUAAAUGCCCUCCUGCAGCUUUGGAGUGGAAAACCCGAAGGUACCGCAUUCUAGAGGAAAUCAUCACCCAUCAGCCACACAUCAUUUGUCUUCAGGAGGUGGAUCACUAUCGGGUACUGGAGCGAGUUCUGGAUGCACAAGGGUACCAGGGACUCUUCAUGCCAAAGCCAGAUUCUCCAUGUCUUUAUCUACCUAGCAACAGUGGCCCAGAUGGCUGUGCAGUUUUUUGGGAUAACAACAGGUUUAAACUUUUGGCGAAGGAGACACGCGUAGUGGAAGUAUGGCACGUGCAGAGUAACCAGGUAGCUAUACUAUUGGUACUUGAGGAACGAACGACAGGAAAGCAACUGGUGGUGUUGACGACCCACCUGAAGGCACGGCAGGGAGCACUGCUGUCAAGUCUUCGUAAUGAGCAGGGCAAGGACCUCCUUUCAUUCUUGAAUGAGCACAGGCAGGUUCGGCCCACCAUUGUGUGUGGAGAUUUUAAUGCCGAGCCAAGUGAGCCAGUGUAUACUACCAUGAUCGAUGGAACAACAGGACUGGAGUCGGCGUAUGCCCUCUUAAAUGGUGGGAAGGAACCGCAGUAUUCGACCUGGAAAGUAAGAGGGGACCAGGACUGCUGUCAUAACAUAGAUUACAUCUUUUACACACCCGUGAGUCUUCAUGUGGAAGGUGGUCUUGAUGUUCCCACAGAAAAAGCUAUGGGACCUGGACGAGUCCCAAACCUGUCUUAUCCAUCUGAUCACUUCUCACUUGUCUGUGAUUUUACCUUUUUGGCUGACAAGGACACCAGAAAUGAUACGAGCUCACUUGAAAUUGGUAGUAAUAUAUCACCAGUUGUGUACCAGACUCAUGCUAGGUCCUGACUACAAAUAAUUUAAAAUCUAUUUGUGGCCUUUAGAAUUUUAUUGUAUAAUGUUGAAUAAUAUAAAUACUAAUGUAUAAAUAGUACAAUAUAAUGUCAGAAAAUAAUAGUUGAAUCUUAUAAAUUUGUAAACAGUGAUAUGUAAUUAGAGUAUUUGCAACAAGAGUCCAAGGUAGACUUGCUCACCUUUGCAUACAUAUACAGGCUAGGGACUUGACACACAUUUUGCUUUUAAUGUGUUGUGAGGUAAGUUUUAACCUGGAGUAUAUCCAGGUUACUGGGGUCUACUGUAAAUAUCUCAUUGUAGUAUAACUUGGCCAGUACCUUCAGUGAGGGAGAUGUAUUCUCGGUUGCUGAUCUGUAUGGUCUCGGUCAGCCACAAGUGCUUCUUUUGAGUCAUGAACGCUGUUAAGUCUGUUCUUGAUAGAUUUUGAUCUUGUUUUACCUUGGUGAACAGGUGUCGAGAUCAUUGUUGGUCUGUUGUGCUCUCAUUUUAUUUGAACACUUCCCAUUUUAAUAUUUAUUUUCUAAUUUCAUAAUGCAGAUUAGACUCAGCACAUUAAGUACCCUCAGUUUACUACAUUCGUACAUUACUAUUUGCCCUGUUUCACUCUUCCAUAAGUUGGGAAGGCAUCAAUCUGGAGAAAGGAGGUCAUUAGGAUAGUGAAAGAAGAUUAUAGAUAAAAAUAUAUACUAUUACUCGUUUGUUUAUUAUAUCAUUUACAAUGUAUAGUAUCAUGGACACACAAGCACCAUUACACAGCAACAUCCCACUUCUUAAGGACUGGUAUGCAGUGCUCCUUGGGAAUCAUCCCAGCAUAGUACUGUAUAUACAAAUGCAUUCACUCUCUCCAUGCAAACUGUUUCCACCAAACCUUGUCACAUACCAUUUCCCAUUCAUGGUUGACACUUGCUUCCCUUUAUACAAUAUAAAUCCCUUGUGUGAACCUAUAUUAGUUUGUCAUGUUGUAUAUUAUACCAUUAACUCUUGCCAACAUGCACUACUUCCUACAACUGCUCUAACAUCCACCUCUAUUAACUUUAUGUUUUUUUCCUUGUUAAUAAUGCCAUGUUCAACAUACUUGUCUUCUCCACAAGUUGUCUGAAUGCAAAUUUGUGAUCUACACAUCCUCUUCAACCACAGAACUUACCUUUUUCAUCACUGAGCAAUUUCCCAGUAGUUUACUGUACUCUCCCAAUCUGCAUAAAAACCAUAUACUUUGACUACUACACUUAGUAAACACAUACUAUAGUUCACAGUUGCUGCAUUCCACUUAAUUUUUAUAUAGUGCAUAUACACUAUACCUCAUCAGCUUAUGCCCUACUUAUGUGCAUACUUGCUCUCUCACCCAUGUCCCCUUAUCCUCCCUCGUCACCAUCCCUACCUGUAUAACUCUGUUAAGGACAGGAAGCCUGUUAGAUCUAUCAAGGUCUUGCUAGCCAAGGGUAAGGCUGUCUGCCUGGUUACCCAUCCAGUGCUGACCUCUCCUUGACUAACCCAGUGACGUGCACUGUGCUUCACAAUUGCUACGUUUUGACCCCUCCCUGAAUUCCAGGCCUGCAUUGGACAGUAUAAUACUUUACAUUGUACAGCAAUGUUCAGUGUCUUGAAAAAUUAAACUUGCUUUAAUAUCAAAGAUCAGUGUUCAAUAUCACUGAUCUUUAAUAUCAUUGUAUAUAUUCACAUACAGUACAUUAUAUAUUGACAUACAUUUAUAUAUAUUGUAUGCACACCUUAAUAUUGGUGCAGUAUACAAAUUCCUUACGUUUUCCCAAAGCUACUGAAUAUUAAGUUAGAUACAUGAAAUAUUGCUAUGUUUUGACCCUUCCAUACUUAAUUUUUUUUAAUUAAAACUUUGAAUAUGGCAUUAUUGUAAAUUGUACAACAAUGUUUGGUAUUUCCAAAUAUUAAUCUUGCUUUAGUUCAUCACUGAUAUCACUGAUUGUAUAUCACUGAUUGUGGACAUCAUUGUAUAUACUAUAUACACAUACAUUUAUAUUUUUACACUUAAAUAUGUCUACAAAUACCUUAGCUUUUCCACAGCCACGAAACACUAAGGUAGCUGCAUGAAAUAUUGCAAAGUGAACAACUGUAGUGUGCACCAUGCAUUCCUACCAUGGUUACCUGCACGUGAACGUGUCCGCUAACGUUUUAGUAUUGUCAACCAGUCUUGGAGGGAGGCAUGAAGUCUGGCUGGGUCACUGUCUAGACAUAAUUAAUGUAGAAUUAUAAUUAUAAUAGAAUGACUGUCUCUGUGACAAUCCUAAGGCCAGAAGUAUUUAAUCUUGAGCUUUGAUAGGAAAGUGUCUUGCUCAACGGCACCCCUCAAAUUAGAGUGCCUGAAUUCAUACUAUAGAAAAUACAAACUGGUAUUUUGCCUGGUCAUGGGGUUCAACUUCCCCGCUGCGUGUUGGGAGCUCUGUAUCGACCACUUCAGUCAUCAGAGCAUUUAGCCCCAAGUCUCUGUACUUUUAGCUGUACCCAGCUGAAACCUUUCAUAUACACACUGUAUUUCCUUCUACAUUCAAUCUUUAUGAAUACAUUGCCACUAAUGUGAAUAUUAUUACUGUUAUAAUGCUUUAAUAUUAACUCUUGAUAACAUCAGGUGAUAUCUUCCUAUGCAUAGCUUAGGAUAUCAACAUAUCAACAACAUUUCCUAAUUUUGUAAUAAUGAUAUAAUAAUAACAGUAUUAAUAAAAAAACCUCCAUUGGCACACAGACCUAAGUAUUAUGCUGUGUUACUUAUUGUGGCAACAAUAUUCCUCACCUUGUACAUCUUCACCUCAAGUCUCACACCCACAUUACUCUUCAUUGUAAGGGCUUUUCUUGCACAUGACUCUUUUUACACCAGGCAGCGGUCAGGGCAGCUAGCCCACAGGAUGCAAAAACAUUGUCAUCCUGGGAAGAUCAAUUUGGAAUUAUCUCUGAUUUUGAUAGUCUAAAUACCAGGCUGGAUAAGUAAUUGUUUUUGCUUUGAUGAUUUGAGAAUUGUAGAAAUCAAAAUGUAUGCUAAAUGUGUAAAAUUUUAGCAGUUUUUGUUAGUGUGAUGCAAGAUCACUUAAUUAAUAAACUAUCAUGUACUUAUAAUUGCAUGGUUAUAGAAAUACUAUAGUAGGAAUAUAGACAGUAGUAUCAUGGUUAUAGACAGUAUUGCCUUGUCCAUGGGUUCACACUGCCUUAACCUUUAGGGUGUAUUUAUAUGUAAAUUGUAUGUUAAUGCAUUCCACAUGCUCAUUUUAGUACAUUCACUCAACCUGCUGUACAUAAAUAAUGACUAAAGCAAUAAUUUACAUUAAAUAUAACUUGCACAGUAUAUUAAAAGCACUUGUAGGUAUGACCUUAUUUGUGUGUCUGAUUUAAUUAUGUGUGCAUAACUAAUUAUACAAAACAAAAUUGAUUUUCAUAGGACUAUGGUGUCCGUGUCAUUAUCAUUGCAUUUGAAAUUAAUUCAACGUGUUAUUUUAUUUGGCGGAAAACAACUGUAUGUAUUUGUUUGGACAGUCGGCCUGACUCAUUGUGUAAUGUAUAUUUUUUUGUUAAAGAUUUUAUUGGUAAGUUAUUUAAAAGUUUUCUUUAACAAUGACUGUUCUGAGGCAUUUUAUUUGAAGAUAAUUAAUUUUCAAAAUGCAACACUUUACUGUAAUACAGUACUAGAUUGUUAUGAGAUUGGAAAAAUUACAUUACGUAUAUAAGUAAUUUUAUGAAACUUGUACAGUGAUUUGAGCAAGUUUAUGGUAAACACAGUAAAUAGAAUAGUUAAGAGUUACAUUACUGUAGUGGGAUUGAUAUUUGCUUGGUAACUUUACUUUAAAGAUCAAUUUAUUGUCAAAGGUUUGAUGUGUUGAGAAUGUAAUCCUCAACAUUUUCCUGUAGCUUGUUAGCCUUGAAUACUGGUAGGUAUGGAAAUAACAUGUAGUGGUGUAGGCCUUAGCUGCUUAAAUGUUUUAAGAAGUUUUAAAUGUUUUCGGUGCAGCAAACAAGGCAUUAAGGCUAUAGAGAUGAAGUAGCCGUUUAAAGACCAAACCCAAUACUUUUAGUUUGUGGACCAUGAAAGCUCUAUAUUUAUUAUGCUCAGUAAUAUCUUGAGAUGCAUGUGAUUAUUAGUCAGUGCUUGGUUAGUAGUCUCUCGUUUGUUUACAUGUGAUUAUUAGCGGCUGUGCUUGGUUAAUAGUCUCUUGGUUCGUUCACAUCAUCUCAUUAGCUUGAAUUGCUGUUUGAAUCAAAAUUUUGGUAUGUACAUUCAGUAUUUAUUUACACGUGAUACUUAAGCUUGUCUUCAAAAUCCUCAACAGCUACACCAUUGUUAACAAUCAAUUUUUGCUUGUGAAAUGGUGUUUGCAACUGGUGAUUCCUUAUGAUAGAGCCUUGACAGAUCUCUCUUCACAUCUGAGGUAAUUUCUUGUUUAAAGUAUUUGUUAUCCAGCAAAUUCUUUCAGCUACUCUCAAAUGUAAUAUAUUUUAAGGAUUAAGAUCAAAAUGCAUUACUGUAUGAUUUUUAGUGUCUAACAUAAAAAUUGGAUAACGUAAUUAAACAAAAACUUGUAACAAUUACAGCAUUAUAAAAACUACAAACAUGCUAAGUCAGUUUAUAAACAUUAUCAGCUCAUAAUAAUAUAAAUAAUACAGUACAGUAUUACUGUAGAAAAUAGUACUUGCAAACAUUGAAUGUACAGUGAGUUUCAUUUUCUUGUAGCGUACUCUAUUGUACUAUAUUUAUGCAAAGCCAAGGCCAAUAAUGCACACAGUGUUUUGCUUAAGUCUUAAUCUUAGAUUAAGGAAUGUAGGUAAUUUUGUGUUGGUUGUAUGAUCAGAAUGCACUUAUGAUAAUCUGAAAACAACACUGUACAAUAUAUGAGGCAGUAAAUACUUGGGUUAGUGAAUGUUACCAUAAGAAGGAUUGACCUUUAUAUGUACUCUUGUCUUUGAUUGAAUGCUUUAAAUUUAUCAGUACAGUAAUAUCUUUGCUAGUUUCAAAUUAUAUAUUAAAGUAUUGUAUAAGUUAAUGGGUUGUCCGUUACCAUUACUCUGGCAGUGGUGUAUUUAAGUGUGUGUGUGUGUGCGUGUGUGCGCGUGUGUGUGUGCGUGCGCGUGUGUGUGUGCGUGCGUGUGUUGCUCGCUGUCAUGUGUACAAUGCCGUGUUGCCACCGCUGAAAGCUGCUAAAGUGUUUUUUCAAUGUAGUUUUAAUGGUAAUAUUUAUAAAUGUGAUAAUGGAGAUUCUGAUAAACUUUUCUGCUAUGUGGAAAAGAAUCAGAUGUAAGUAGAGUAAGAGAAUCUUUCUAUAUUGGUACAGUAAUUUCCCUUCUAAAUUUAUUUUAGACAUUUAAGUUACAGUACGUAAUUGUAUUACAAGAGAUUAGAUGUUCAAAUUAAGUUAGUUUUUACGAAAGCAAAUUUAUGAGGAUAAUUAAAUUUGCUGUCCAUGCGUUGUAUUAAAUAUUAACAUGUCCAAGACAGCGUGGUCCAUCUUUGAUGCGUUGUGGUUUCUCAUGUAACCGUUUGUGUCCAGUGCUGGUGUGCACAAGUGUACUAUUUCUAAUGCAGCUCAAACAUGCAUGUUUAUCUCUGGGGGUUCGAUAUUGCUUCUUUGGCUGUAGGAUUAGUAUCUCUUAAGUGUUGCAAAUCAAUCAUUAGAAGAAUCCAUUACAUCUUUGUUUGAAUCCUCAGCACAUCCAGUCCAUAUUACCAGUGCACCCGACCCAUGUUUGAACCCCCAGAACCCCCAGUACACACAUCCCAUACCAUGUCAUCUUCAGCAUCUGAUCGAUUUGAGGAAUCUAGGAGCUCAUAUAAGGUGUCCAAUUCUGACAUCAACAGUAGUAGUGGUUCAUCUAUUAAUAAUGAUAAAAAAUGGCAAAAUAAAAAUGAUUCACUGUUUGCUAUAAACAAAUCCACAAACAGAUUGUGAUGAAGCAGGAGCAAAAGCCAGAGUUUGUAUAUUUUGUAAAGAUGGUGUUGGACAACCACCAGUGUGCCUACCAUUUAAAUAUACUUAUACAGAUUUUUAUAAAUCUGUAAAAACAAGUCUUAUGGCUUAAAGUUUUCCUGCUAUUUAUUUUUUGUCAGUGUAGAUUGUUAGUGUGAGAAUUUUAAUACAUAAAAUUUCUGAUUGAUGUUUCACCUGUAAUUACCUAAGUGUAGUUACAGGACUAGAACUACACCCGUGGUGUCCCGUCUUCCCAGUACAUUAUUUUGUCCUAUAACGCUUUGAAACUGCUGACGGUUUUGACCUCCACCUUCUCACUU